AUGUCCCGGUUUUUCCGUGGCGGCGACGAUAGCUCGUCUGAGAGCAGCUCCGACGAGGAGGAGCUGUACACUUCCUCCGAGGAAGAGGAGGAGGAGGACCAGGAGCAGCAGGAGUCCUCUGAGGAGGAGGACGAGGACGAGGAGGAGUCGAGCGAUGAAGACGAAGGUCCCAAAAAGACAGGGCUGUCCCGUUUCCUUGUCGACCAAGAUUCAUCCGAGAGCGAACAGAGUGACGAGGAGGGUGCAACCAAAGUCAAGAGCGCCAAGGACAAACGAUUCGACGAACUCGAGGCGACAAUCACCACGAUCCAAAACCGCCAGAAAAUCGAUGAUUGGGGUUCUAUCGCUAAUGAGUUUGACAAGCUGAACCGCCAGGUCGUCAAGCUUCAAGAUGGUGGCAAGGCUCCGAAGUCAUACAUCAAAUGUAUUGCCGAGUUGGAGGACUUUUUGAACGAGACCCUAGCGAAACAAAAGGUCACACCGAAGAACAAGAAGUUGAACGCCACAAAUGCUCGUGGUCUUAACGCUGUCAAGCAACGCAUCAAGAAAAACAACAAGGAUUACCAAACUCAAAUCGAUGCGUUCAGGAAGGACAGCGAUGCGUUCAUGGAGUCUGAUGAGGAUGAGGCCCCUGCGCCUCAACCCUCGAGGGUUCGGUUCCAAGAGGUAGUGGCGCCCGAGGAGCCCGUGGAAGAUGAGGACGGUGGUUUUGCGAGGGUCGACCGCCGCGGCAAGGCCGUCCCGUACUCCUCCGAGGGUAUCCUGAAGCACCUUCGCGCCAUCGUCGAGUCGAGAGGCAGGAAAAACACCGACCGGGCUGAACAGAUCAAGAUUAUGGAAGAACUCAACAAGGUUGCCGAGACCCCGUACCUCAAGAUCCGCGUUCUUCAAACACUUGUUUCAGCACGUUUUGACCUCGGCUCUGGUACGACAAGUUCAAUGCCCCUAGAACACUGGAAGGCUGCCGAGAAAGAACUAGCGGCCCUGCUCACCAUUCUUGAGACCAACAAGGACCACGUGGUAGUCGAGGGCGCGGAGGAGUGGGACGAUGACGAGAAGACCCCUGUUCUUGGACCGGACGACAAGUACAUCAAGGUCCCCGGAAGCAUCGUGUCCUACAUCGAGCGCCUAGACGAUGAGCUCACUCGCUCUCUCCAAAGCAUCGACCCUCACACAUCCGAGUACAUUGAGAGGCUGACGGAUGAGGCAUCCCUGUACAACAUCAUUCUCCAAGGCCUUCUCUACUACGAGACCAUCCGAAAGGACGCUUCCCUAGAGAUCCCCCAAGAGAGCGUGAACCGGAUCAUCCAACGCCGCCUAGAUCACGUCUACUUCAAGCCGUCUCAAGUUGUCAAGAUCCUGGAGGAGAAUGCCUGGAAACAAAUUUCAAGUGCCGCUGAUUCUGUGAUCACGCCGCGAAGCCAGACCGGGGAUGCUGGGCAGCUAAUCUACGUCCUAUGCAACUAUCUGUUUGACAACAGCGAGGGCAUUAUCAGGGCCCGCGCCAUGCUCUGCCAGAUCUACUUUUUAGCUCUGCACGAUGACUAUUACAAGGCCCGUGACAUGAUGCUCACCUCUCACUUGCAGGAAAGCAUCGCCAACUUUGAUGUUGCGACACAAAUCCUGUAUAACCGGACGCUUGUUCAAGUCGGCCUUUGCGCUUUCCGCAAGGGUCUUGUCUACGACGCGCAGAACACGUUGCAGGAUAUCUGCGGCAGUGGACGCCAGAAGGAGCUACUUGCUCAGGGGGUCAUGAUCCAGCGUUUCAACCAGGUCAGCCCAGAGCAAGAGCGUCUGGAGAAGCAACGGCAGCUGCCGUUUCACAUGCACAUUAACCUCGAGCUGCUCGAGUGUGUCUACCUGACUUGCAGCAUGCUUCUCGAAAUCCCGCUCCUAGCCCAGAUUGGCUCUUCGCCGGAUAUCAAGAAGCGCGUCAUCAGCAAGACAUACCGCCGUAUGCUCGAAUAUCAUGAACGGCAAAUCUUCACCGGUCCUCCGGAGAACACCCGUGACCACGUCAUGCAAGCGUCUAAGGCGCUAGCAGCGGGCGAGUGGAAGAAGGCCACCAACUUCAUCCACAGCAUCAAGAUCUGGGACCUCAUGCCGAGUGCGGAUGAGAUCAAGGCGAUGCUCGCUAAGCAGAUCCAGGAGGAGGGUCUCCGGACGUACCUCUUCACCUAUGCUCCAUUCUACGACACCCUGGCUAUCGAGACCCUGAGCACAAUGUUCGAGCUUGAUUCGGUCAAGGUUGCUGCGGUAGUCAGUAAGAUGAUCAGCCAUGAAGAGCUCGCCGCUGCGCUCGACCAGGUCACCAACACCGUCAUCUUCCGGAAGGGUGUAGAGCUCAGCCGUCUACAAAGCCUCGCCCUGGCGCUUUCAGACAAGGCCAGCGCCCUCAUCGAAACCAACGAGCGCACUCUUGAGGUCAGGACUCAAGGGUCGGCGAACGCUUUCAGCAGGAAGGACGGAAGGCAAGGUGGCCAACGGGGUGGUGGGCAACGGGGUGGAAGGGGCGGCGCGAGGACUGGUGGUAACGCGCAGCGACAGGCCGGUGGCACCCAGUUCACCGGCGGUGCUUUGGGUGCCGCUGUGCGUGGGUAG